AUGGUGUUAACCAAACCAAGUGAUGCACCAACGGAAACACCUAAAAACAGAGAUCCUGGAUUUCAGCAAGGAGUUGCUGUUGAUUUAGAUGUAAACCAAAGUACUGUAUCCAGAACCCUGAUUACUGUAUCUGAAGCAAUUUAUUCCAAGAGAAAUAACUGGAUAACAUUUCCUAAUACUAACGAUUUACUUGGAGUUGCUAUCAAUGAGUGGGCAAAUACCAAGCGAAUGCCCAGUGUCAUAGGUGCUAUUGAUUGCACUCACGUUAAAAUAACAAAGCCACGAAUUCAUGGUGAUGAAUAUGUGAAUAGAAAAGGGAUAUGUUCAAUAAAAAAUGUACAAGCUACUUGUAACGCCAAAGAAAUCUUUACCAGUGUCGAUGCGACUUAG